AUGCAAUUAUUAGCAACAACAACUGAAAAUGCUAAGCAAUUAAGCGAUAGCAAUAAAAAAAUUGAAGCAUCAAAAGAAAUGGAUGAAAAAUGCAUUUUAGAAGUAUAUUCAACAAAAUUAUUGAAUGUGCCACCACCAGCAUAUUCAUUAACUAGUCCAUGUUUACCACCAAAUAGUCCACAACAAUUAGAUUGGCCACCUGAAUCGCCAUCAUAUUUUGAUGGCUACCCACCGUAUCCAGCUGGUCCACCAUUACUUAAAAUUGCUUACCCAAAAGAUAUUCCCGGUCCAACAUAUGCUUGCCCGAAAUGUGAUGGAAGAUUUUUGUACUACAGACAAGCUGGCAUAGUGCAAUGUCCAUUUUGUCAUUCUGCAAUUUCUAUUGGUCGAUAUGUACGAAUACGUGCAUGCUCAUUUAUUAUGUUUGGUUUACUAUUUUUAAUUAUCAGUUUAACUUUUGGUUUGGCAACAAAAAUACUUACUGACUGUUCGACAGGCUAUUUUAUUGUUUUUGCAAUGAUAGCAGUAUCAGGUCUAAUGUUAUUGAUUCGUGCUUUUCAUAUGUGUUUCCGUUAUCAGGAAACGGAACGUAUCGAAUUUCCAUAA